UUAAACAGCAUUCCAAACUUUCCUCAAGCUUCGAAUACAAUGAACUCUCCACUCUGGGUGACUUUGGGCCUUGUGGCCACACUCCUCUUCGCCGGCACCAGUGCCCAUCCCGACGAUACCCGCAUUGUCGAUGGCGAUGUCAUCCAUAUCAGUCAAGCUCCCUAUAUUGUUCAGCUGAGAAUUGGCACUCAACCCUUCUGCGGUGGUACCUUGGUUCAUCCUGAAAUUGUGGUCACCGCUGCCCAUUGUUUCGAUUCCCUUACCCCCGAAUUGAUGGCUCAUUUGAAGAUUGUUGGCGGUGCCAAUACCAGAACCGAUGAAGGUGUUCAACGCCGUGUUGUGUCCAUGAUCAAAUAG